CAAUGCACAGAAAACACAUUAAAACAUGUACUGUAUUCAUAAAAAUAAAAACGUCUUUAUUCGGCAAGAAUAUACAUUUCUAUUGCUGGACCUAUAAACUCAGUACAGGACAAACCAUAAUAAAAAUCAAAAGCUAUUUGAGCUGAAUUUAAGGGUACCAAAAAUGAAGAAAGCUUAUUUCCAUUUGAAAAUCUACCACUUUGAGUUGGGGGAAGACAAGUAAAGAAAAAAGCACAUGUAUGAAAAUCAGAUAUCAAGGCAGAUUUCCCACCUUCUGUGUAAAUGAUAAAAAGAAGUGUGGUUGAGAAGUGGAAACCCCUAAUGCCUGGACUGUAUAAAAACCACAAAUACUUCAGACAACCGAUCAGUUGAGUUCAAGUUUUUCUCAAGACGUCGUAAGAAGAUUGUAAAGUCGAUGAUGUUGUCAACUCUGAGUAAGUGGAAGGAAGUCUUACAGCUUUUGCGCAGCCAGACACUUUCUCAUGUUCUCUGUUCCUCUGCAGGCGUCCAGCUCUCCGUUCUCCUGCCAGUGUUCUUCUGUCUGCUGGAUGCAUGGCCUCUGUACAGCAGUAUGGGGGAAUCAUCUGAAAUAUCUGGAGAUGACGUUCAGGAGGUGAAUGUGCGCGCUCCUCUAACGGAAGAGCAGAGAUGGCACCUGAUGGCCAGACAACUUCACAGAGACGUGAAAACCCUGCGAGACGAACAGUUUGACAGAGAUUUCAGAGACGCAGCCAACAUGACGUCUUUUGAGGGUGUAAGGAUCCACACUCCAGUCCUCAAAGCGUCCGACGGUUGUCUGUCUAGAAACUUCAGCACGGAAAGGUGUCUGGGGCGCGUAUACAGCGUUCUGAUGUGGUAUAAAGAGCAUCUGAGUUGCAUCGAGAGGGAAAAUCUGACCCAAACCCUGACGAACGAUGUCAAACACGGGACCAAACGAUUUCUGGAGUCCAUUUACAGCCAGGUCCAGCUAAAAGACACUCAGGUUGAAGAAUUUUCCAGAAGUUCACUGCAGGCCAAGUCUGCAUGGACACGCAAGACUCUCGUGCACUCGAUCUUAUUCCACUUCACAAACGUGAUGAUCGAUACAUGCAGAGCCAUUCACUACAUGAGCAAACGCAAAACUGGAGACGGGCACCAGAGAAAGGACAGAAAGAAAACCAGUGACUGGAUGUCAGACAAGAACUGACCCAAG